ACUUCGGCCGUCAGGGAACGCCCACGGACGGGGCUGGGCUCAGAGGUGCUCGCGCCUGGGACUGGAGCUAGGCUGGGACGUGCGCAUAUACGCUCCGCGGGGCGCCAAGCAUAAAAGCUUAUCACGUGCUGCGAGCAUGGCCAGCGGGGACAUAACCGCGGGGCCGGCGCGGAGCGGGCGGGGCCGGCGCGGCGCCAUGGGAGAACGGCGGCCGCGGGUCCUGGUGCCGGCGGCCUACGCGCGGCCCUUCAUCUGCUCCUUCUCCGACUGCGAGGCCACGUUCAACAAGGCCUGGAAGCUAGACGCGCAUCUCUGCGGGCACACGGGUCAAAGACCAUUUGUUUGUGAUUAUGAAGGUUGUGGUAAAGGUUUCACCAGAGACUUCCACCUCGCCCGUCACUUUCUUACACACAGUGGAGAAAAACCUUUCAAGUGCACAGCUGAUGACUGCAAUCAAAAGUUUACCACAAAAUCAAACUUAAAAAAGCAUGUUGAACGCAAGCAUGAAAAUCAACAGAAGCAGUAUGUUUGUGACUUUGAAGGUUGUAGAAGGUCUUUUAGAAAACAUCAGCAGCUUAAAGUUCAUCAGUGUCAACACACCAAUGAACCUGCUUUCAAAUGUAGUCAUGAAGGAUGUGAAAAACACUUCUCUACUCCAGCUAGACUGAAACGGCAUGAAAAAAUACAUGAAGGAUAUGCAUGCAAGAACGAGAACUGUUCAUUUGUUGGAAAAACAUGGACAGAACUUCUAAAACACAUGAGGGAAAGUCAUGCAAAGCCAAUAAUCUGUAAUGUGUGUUCUAAAACAUUCAAACGUAAAGACUUCCUCAAACAACAUCAGAAAACACAUGCUGAAGAAAGGAAAGUAUGUAGGUGCCCAAGAGAAGGGUGUGAGAGAACUUACACGACGGUGUUUAAUCUUCAAAGCCACAUCCUCUCUUUUCAUGAGGAGAGAAAACCAUUCUUAUGUGACUAUGCUGGCUGUGGGAAAGUGUUUGCAAUGAAACAAAGCCUUGUAAGACAUGCUGUUGUUCAUGAUCCUGACAAGAGAAAGCUGAAAUUAAAAGCAAAACGAUCUCGUCCUAAACGAAGCCUGGCCUCCCAUCUCAGCGGAUAUAUUCCUCCUAAAGCUCAGCAAAGAGAGGCUAGCUUGGGAACAGAAAAUGAGAUGCUGAAUAAACCUGCAGAAAAUGGGUUACCAACUGUUGAAACACUGACUCUGCGCUAAUGGCUUAUUAAGACAAGUCUAUCCAAAAUAGACUAU